ACUACUAAAUCAAAGACAUUUUAUUUCAUAAAUUUAUUAUCGUCAUUUGUGUAUGUUAUUCUAUUACUAUAUAGGACAUAAUAAUAUGUCGGUUAUAAUUCCAGAUAAUAUACUGGAUACUUUACUUUGCAGUUUUUGUCAUAAAUAUUUAUCGGUGAAACCCGUAAAAAUUUAUCCAAACAGGCGUAUACAGUGCGGAAGAUGUGUUGAUAAGCAGGAACCAGCACUUCAGAAAUCAGAAGGGGUAGAAUCCCUAUAUGGAAUAAUUGCUGAACACGUUCUAUUUAAAUGUGUCAACAAAUUUGAUGGUUGUCGACAAUUGUUAACAUAUUCCGAGGUGCGAGAUCAUGAACAGGUAUGCUUGGAAAAAAAUCAUAGGUGUCCAAUUUGUUAUGAAGAAAUGACAAGUUUUCUGAUGCUUCAACACUUUCAUUUCAAACAUAAGAGUGCCAUAUUGGACUGCCCAACGCUUGUUUUCAACUUGAAUGAUUAUUUAGAAAUGCCUCGUGUUUAUAUAUAUCAAGAAGAUGAUAAUUUGUUUUUUCUGUAUAUUAGCUAUAGUAUGUCGGAAAAUUCAAUAACAUUAGAUUUGGUUUGUAUGGGUAGCUAUAAACUAUCUCAAAAUAUAUACCAUCAAUUUACUCUUAGUAGCGAAAAAAAAGAAUUUGAUAUUGUAUUGAACAAAAAACCAUGUACAGAUGAUUUUUUUGUUGUGGAUAUAUCACAUAUGUCAAACUUUAUACAUAUUGAAUUUAAAUUAAUUGAUCGCAAUUUAAAGGUCUUGACAACACCAAGUAUUAGUAAUGUUGUGACGAAACCGGCACCCAAAAAUGAUCCACCCGGGAGUCAAAUUGUAAAAUACCGAUCAGAAUUUACUCCAAGAUCAAAGGUUUUGACAGAUUCACAGGAUAGUAAUGCUGUGGGGAAACCUUUAACCAAAAAUGAUCCAAUCGGGGCUCAAAUUGUAAAAGAUCAAUCAGAAUUUAAUCCAAAAUCCAAGGUUUUAACAGAUUCAGAGGAUAGUAAUGCUGUGGGGAAACCUUUCACCAAAACUGAUGCAAACGGGGGUCAAAUUGUAAAAGAUCGAUCAGAAUUUAAUCCAAGGUCCAAGGUUUUGACAGGUUCAGAUGUUAGUAAUGCUGUGGUGAAAAAUGUACCCAAAAAUAAUCCACACGGGAGACAAAUUGAAAAUUACCAAGCUGAAUUUAAUCUAAAAUCUAAAUGUGUUAAAUGCCAAGAGUAUUGCAUUUUUUCAAUAUCUAAUUGUCCAAUUCGUUAUUACUACCGUGACAAACGCAAUAAUUAUAUAUGUUACUAUUGUUAUAAGUUCUUUAGCGAUGGAGAUGAUGUUAGUCAAAGACAAGCAAGAGAAGUUAGAAAAUAUUUCGAGAGAGCAAUUCUCAGUGAAAUAAUUAAUGGCAUGAAGUUUUACAAAUGGAAUUGUAGUAAUUGCAAUAGCGAUAUUCAGGUGUCAGAUAUGCAGUCACAUGAAAUAAACUGCAAACGAGGUAGACAAUUUAGAUGCCCUAUAGAAGGUUGUUGUGAAAAAGGAACUGUUAACCAAAUGAUCGAACAUCUCAAAAAUCAUAAUUGUUUGGCAUUUUCGUCUCACUUUCAACUACCUUCAAAUCAUUUAAGAUGUUACGUGUUUGUAAAAGAAUAUAUUGUACGUUUAGAUUUAUCUUUUGCAAAAAAUUUUGCAACUGAAAGUAUUCAGGUAGUAAGAAAAGCUGGCAAUGUUAAGAAAAAAAGAUUAACCGCAUCUUUUAUGUUAUUUGACAGCAACAAUCAACUUUUGGAAGUCGUCCACGUCCACAGUCAAUUUGACGUAAAUCCAAUAUUUGUGAAAGUUAUUGUAAUUUAGGUAAACUAAAUAUUGUAGUAGAGCAGCCCAAAUGGGGAUUUUUGCAGUUACUCGAGCGCGUCGAAAAAUCACAUAGGGAGAAACCUUGUACCCUGUAAAUGUACCUCUACCAUAUUUAUAUUGGCGCUUAAUACAUACUCCAUUAAAAUGUUAUAUUUUUUAAGCGUUACCUUGCAUUUGUUAGAGGAGUUAAUUUUAUUUCUUUAAUGUGUAGGGGGAUCAGUAGAAGCUUAAGUUCAAGUUUUUGGGGUCGCCACCCUUGUCCCCCGGCCGCCAUCUUGGAAAUGGGGUGCAAAGUGGUUUUGCAUUAUAUCUCGUAAACUACCAACCCUACGGAAAAUCUAAUUAAACAUAAAAUGUAGCAAAUUAAAUUUUCUAUAAUUUUAUUUCUAUUACUUUUUAUCGUCGAGUGACCAACAAGAAAGAUAUAAGCAAAAAUAUGUAAAAAAAAUUUAACAAGUUUCCUUUUGGAGGUUCUAACUUUUUUUCAGUUCAUUUUAAAAUGAAAUAACAUUAUAGCAAUUUUGUAGAGGGUUUUUCAGCCAACAAUUUCCACUAUAAAGUUGUUUCAUUCUAUUUAUUUAUAUAGGUUUUAGAGCGCUUCAAACUUGACCAGAUUCUCGAAUGCUCAUAGGAAUACAAUAAUAACAAAAGUUAGGCUUACUUUUCUGUCUAUAUAUAAUUUUUAUUCAUACAAUUUAUUAUGAUUUUAACAUUGCUAUGCUAUUAUUAUUUAAUUUUAUUUAUGAAGCUGGUUGCUAUCCUCAGCAGUGGUUGCUCUCUACAUUUAUUCCCCUACCCAAAAAAGUCAAUGCAAAAAGAUGUGAGGAUCACAGACUCAUUAGCUUGAUGAGUCACACUUUAAAAAUAUUCUUAAAAAUACUACAUCAAAGAUUAUACAAAAAAUGUGAAUGGGACAUCAGUGAUUCUCAGUUUGGGUUUAGGCAAGGUUUGGGAACAAGAGAAGCAAUAGUAGCAACACAAGUGUUAAUCCAAAAUUGUUACGAUCAGAGGAAGGACGUAUUCCUGUGCUUUUUAGACUACGAGAAAGCGUUUGAUCGUGUCCAACAUCACAAGUUAAUGAAGAUUCUCAAGAAGUUUGAUAUAGACCAAAAAGACAUAAGAUGCAUUGAAAACUUGUACUGGUAUCAGGUAGCACAAUUAAUAGACAAUUCUAUAUCCAAAUCCAUACAUAUAAGAAGGGGUGUUCGGCAGGGAUGUGUGCUUUCCCCUCUUUUAUUUAACAUUUAUUCGGAAGCCAUAUUUCAAGAGUCUUUGGAAGAUGCAGAGAUGGGAAUCAAAGUGAAUGGAGUAUUGAUCAACAACAUACGAUAUGCUGAUGAUGCUGUCUUAAUUUGCGACAACAUAGCAGAUCUUCAACAACUUGUCACUAUAAUCGGAGAAUACAGUAAUCGAAUGGGAUUAGAGAUUAAUACCAAAAAGACCAAAUUCAUGAUCAUCUCCAGAAACUUGGAUGCAUUUGAAAACUCCACCAUAACACUGAAUACUAAGUCCAUUGAGAGAGUAAGCAAAUUCAAAUACCUAGGAACGUGGCUUUUUGAAGACUGGUCAUCGGACAGGGAAGUAAAAUGUCGCAUUGAGCAAGCUCGACAAGCUUUCGUAAAAUUCAGGAAGGUACUGACCUGCUCAGAGUUCGACCUUACACUGAGACUAAGGUUUACUAAAUGCUACGUGUGGUCGGUGCUGCUAUAUGGCAUAGAGGGCUGGACCCUCAAAACGAGGGAUAUAAACAGAUUAGAAGCCUUCGAAAUGUGGCUUUAUCGCCGUAUCCUAAAGAUAUCAUGGACGGCGAAAGUCACAAAUGUGGAUGUCCUUAAAAGAAUCAACCAAGAACGUCAGCUUUUCGAAAACAUCAAGAAAAGAAAAACGGCGUAUUUGGGUCACAUCAUGCGAAACGAAAAAUACCAGUUCCUUCAACUUAUAAUCCAGGGUAAAAUUGAGGGCAAGAGAGGAAUAGGACGCAAGAAAAUGUCCUGGCUCCGAAACAUAAGGCAAUGGACAGGGAUUAACGACAUACAAUCUCUGAUACACAUUGCAAGAAACAGAGAGUUAAUGGAAAAUGUGAUCGCCAAGAAAAUGCUAUUAUUAAUCUGUUUUUGUCCUUUCUCCCCACUAUAAAACUUAUAACUUAUAACCCUAAGCAUAUAUAGAAAAGGCCCAAGAAGUUUUUUGAGGACAAAUUCGCCUGUUCAGAAGAAGAAUGACGUAACCGCAAAAUACAAAAUUCUUAAGAAGAGCAAAAAACGAAUUUUUGAUAUCAAAAUCAUAAAGUAUGAUCAAAAUUAGCCAUUCACCACACCGUGGCUAGGAUCUCGAGAUAUUAGCGUUUUUUGGGGUGUGCCGCUUGUUUAUGAAGUAACAUACCUUUUUUCCUAUUGUAUUUUGACUUAAAAUUUUCCAAAAAACUUCUUCAUGAGUUAUAUUUUAUUGUUUUGUUGGUUAAAAUUAUAACCUAAAAAGUUUGUCACUCAACUUUUUUAAGUAAACAUGAAACUAACGAAAUAUGAUGACAAAAUGUUUAAAAACUAACAACUCCUUUUUUGAUCUGUUUAAACAUUUUGGAAAAAUUUCAUUGUUAUCUACAUACUUUAAAGAUGACAGUAAAAUUUUCAAAAGGAAAUAUUUACAGCGACCAAAGAUACAGCGAGGUAAAUUUGAAAAAUCAUCAAAAUUGAUUUUCGGCAUUUUUGUAUAAAAUUUGAUUUUUGAACAUGUUCCACCAAAUCUAGAUAAAAAUAAACUUCAUAUUCGGAUUCAGCGACCUCGAAAACAUAAAAAUAGACCAAAAUUGGUCAUUCACCUUAAAUUUGAUUUUCGUGGUCGGCAUAACGAUUGCUACCGCUCGACUAAUAUAAAGUACAUAUUUUUUUUAUUGUAUUCCUAUGAGAAUUCGAGAAUCUGGUUAAGAUUGGAGCGCUGUAAAACCUAGAUAAUAAAUAAAAUUAAACAACUUAAUAGUGAAAAUUGCUCAUUGAAAAAUCCUCUACAAAAUCACUAUGAUGGUAUUGUAUUGUGAAAUGAACGAAAAAAAAGUUAUAACCUCCAAAAAGAAACUUCUUAUAAAAUUUUCUCAUAUUUUUGUUCAAUGGACUAACAGGGGAGUUCGUUAAGGGUGGUCCGAAAAAUAAUCUGUCUUUAGAAAAACUCGAAAUCGUCAGAUUAAGAUAAAGUAAGUUAAGUACAUGUACAACAAUGUAUAUUUAAAAAAUCUGACGAUUUCAACGGGGUGUAAGUAAAUGGGUGAGUCACAAAGUUUUCGAAAAAAGCGAAUAUUUCGCGAAAUGAACAUCAGAUCGAAAAACUGAAAAAUACGUACGUCUUCAAUAUUUUUGAAAAAUCUAUCGAAUUACACCAAACCCGACCCCCUGGACGUGGAGUGGGGGAUACUUUAAAAUUUGAAAUAGGAGCCUCCUAUAAACGAAUACGUUGUCGUAAUGGGGUAGUUACUCUGAGAAGAGGGUUGGUUCUUAGGAAUACACUAUUUGUCCAUACUUUAUUUAUUGAACACUACUUAUUAUUAUCAGUAACAAGUUGGUGUGCUUAAAGUAGAACCAUCUACGAGUGCAUUUUGAUUAAGAAUGAUAUUUAAUUAACGAAUCAAUUAGAAUGAAUCACGGUGCCUUCAUGUAUAAGUAUAUAAACAGACUUGUAACAUGUAGUUUGUUUAUAGUGCCGACUCAGCUUGACCAUGACUUACGAAACUAUGAAUUAGUUGACUAUGCAUUAUUGUCGACUGGUGCUUCUAACAAAUCUAGGUCACCUACUAAAAUGUAAACAAAUGUGUAUGUUUUGGUUUUGUUUCUAGUACAUUUAAGAAUUAAAUGAAUAUGUCUUGAUCUCAAUUUUGGAUGUUGAUAAACCUUUACAUCCAUCCCCUUCGGGAAAUUUUCUGACUACAUGCAAGGAAGAAAAUUGUUGUGCUCCACCAACUGAUUACUUUAAAAGAUUUAUACAAAUAUAUACAAAUAUAAAAUACAAAUAUAAUAUAUACAAAUAUACAGCUUAUUACCUUAUAACAAAAAUUGCCAUCAAACAUCAUCUAUUCUUACUUAUUACUUCCUUAUAUCUCGCGAAAUUCUACACUCAGAAAUUGUAAUGCAUAUUUUACCUUUUCCCGAUUUAAAAUAAAAUUAUAACUUUAAUUCUUACAUUUGAACUUACUUUUUAAUUAUAAUUCUUUCACUUUUAAAAUAAUUAUUUGAUUUUCUGACCUUUUACAUAUUCUUCAAUUAAAAAAAAUUCUCCUUUUUCUUCCUCUUCUUCUUGACUGGUACUUUACUAAUACAUAUUUUCAUUUUCUUUAUACUUAGUACUUUUAGUGUACUAUUAAACAUAUUUCUUCUUCUUCAUAUUUCUUCAUUAAACUCGUAUUUACUUCACAUAUUCUUCCUUUUCUAACCCUUACCUACUCGGCGGGUUUUUCGCAGCUUUAAAUCCUUGUAUUUGCUUCCGGUCCUUUCUCCACGUCCUUAGUCGUGGGAAGGUUUGUUCCAAAAAGACAAAAUGGAUAGUUAUGCGCUUAAAAAAAAUCUUCUACAUUUUGCAUCCCUAAAUUCCUGUCUGAUCCGAACUGCUCAGUCUUGAUGAGAGUCGGUUAGCUUCAAAACAUGAAAUGAGCAUGCUAAAAUCUUUUGAUGUUCAUUUUGUACCUUUUUCUUUGACAAGAGUGUGUUUUUUCUGAAUUGUCUUUAAUUAAUUAUGCUUCUAAUACAUUUUAAAAAAAUCAAUUGUCUACUUAAUUCAUCAUAAAACAUAAAAAAAAUCAUAUUUAUACUAAAAUUCAACCGAUACUAAAAACUUGAAAUCAAAAAUCUUAUUGUCGGUACCAAAAUUUCAACAUUCAAUAAAAAUUCGAAAGAAAGUGGUAAUAAAAAUAGACUAUAUUUUAUUAAAAAAAUCACGAAAAAAUCUAUUUACCUAUCAUUAUUCUAUCUAGCUAGGACUAUUCUUUUUCAAUCCUAUCUAUUUAUCUAACAUCUAACACCUAUCUAUCUAACAUCUAUCUAGCUAACAUCUAUCUAGGGUUAUUUUUCUUAGUUAGGGUUAUUUUCUUAUCUAGGUUAUUUUUCCUAUCUAGGUUAUUUUUCCUAUCUAGGUUAUUUUUCCUAUAUAGGUUAUUUUUCCUUAUCUAGGUUAUUUUUCCUAUCUAGGGCCCUAUACUAUGUGCACGUGUACUACCUAUAAAAUUAACCUAAAACUUAAGAACGAGAAAAACUUAUAAAUAAACGCUAAAUAAAUAAUGUGAGUUUUUGCUAUUUACUAAAUAAUAGUUUUUUCUCACUGAGUUCGCGCAAUUAAUAGUCACUUUACAUAAUGUCACAACGAAAAAGUCUCUAUUUCUCUGAUUGAAAUACAGUCUUACAUGACCUCAUUUGACUUAAAUAAGUAUAUUAGCAUUUUAGAAAUUUAAAGUUGGUUUACAUUAUAAAAAUUUAAAGUAACUUUAUAUUAUAUUAAUUGUCUAUAUAUUACCUGAAGCAAUACAAAGUGUUCUUCUUAAAUAGUACUUUCUACUGUACAAAAGUCUCUUCAAUUAUUCUGUUUUCCAUAUCUUUGUCAUUAAAUCUUAUUUACCUUAAUAUUAAUGACAUGUCUUUCAUUAUGAUAAUUUUAAGUCUUAUUUGCCAAUCUUCUUUUGUCCUUUUCCCUCCAAUGGGAUUUUCUUGUUAAUAUAUAAACUUCCUUACGUCAUUAUAACUUAUAAGUCUUUAUUUUCCUUCUUACACCAUUACUUUUACAUCAUUUCUUCAUAAAUUCAUUGUAUAAAAAUUCUUGUAUAUCCUUGUAUAUAAAUAAUUUAAUUUCUUUUCCGUAGUCAUAUUUUAAAUUUUUUUCCGUCUUUAAUGUUUCUUUGUCUUGUCAUUGGUAAAGAAAUUCUCUAAAUCUUGAUUCAUCGGUCCCAUAAUAUCGGAACUCAUAUUUUCCGUGAAACUUAUUCUGGUCCAUUAUGUUUGUAUUUUCCUUUCUUCUUCUUUAACACUUUUAUUUCUUUGCCGUUUCUUAUAUGUAUAUUUUCAAUAAUAUUAUUUCAAUAUCGUAAUUCCCUUAAAAGUAUUUCUAAUUCACCUUUCCUAGUGUAUAAUUUCAGUAUUUUUUAUAUCUUAUGUAAUGCGUAAAACUCUACUCAGCGAAUUACUGAUGUAUGUAUUUCUGACUCGUAAUUUUAGAGUCAGGUAAUAACAAUAUAAUAUACUUUACGCAAAAUAAAAGCCUGAUAUAGCGUUUCCUUCAAUUAAAAAUAUUAUGUAAUUGUAGACUGCAAAUAAUGCUUUCAUAUUCUCUCUAUUAGGAUUAUAAACAAAAAUCAUUUAUUUUCAUUAAAAAAUAAACUUAGUAUCAAUAAUUAUCUGUAUGUACAAUGAAAAAUAUAAACUAUAAACUAGAUUAUUGAAUAUACCUCUAAAAUUUAAAAAGAAUGAAAACUUGUCCUAAUUUAUCAAUAUUCAAUAAAAAUUAAUUCUAAUAAUUUCCAAAAUAUUUUUUAUAUUUUAUGCAUUUAAGUUAUAUUAAUAAAAAAUUUUCGUGUAUGUGAGACUGUAUGCAAUGAAAAAAAUAGCUCAAAAGUUACUCACGCGUACACUAUUGUCAUUGUCCACGAUUGUCCAUGAAGUCUGGUCCUCUUGACGUUGGGCGUGGCUCCCAUGUCUCCAAACCUCGUUCCUUACGUCAUCUACCCUGAGGCUACGUCUCUCCAAAACCAUCUCAUACUCCAUCUACCCAUUUUUUUUCUCCUCUUCCAAUUUUUUGUUGCCAUCUUUCUGGUUUCUCCCUACCUCAGAAGUCCAGUUCGUCACUCAGGUCGCCAUAUAAAAGAAUACGUUUUCGUAAUGGGGUAGUUACUCUGAGAAGAGGGUUGGUUGUUAGGAAUACACUAUUUGUCCAUACUUUAUUUAUUGAACACUACUAAUUAUUAUCAGUAACAAGUUGGUGUGCUUAAAGUAGAACCAUCUACGAGUGCAUUUUGAUUAAGAAUGAUAUUUAAUUAACGAAUCAAUUAGAAUGAAUCACGGUGCCUUCAUGUAUAAGUAUAUAAACAAACUUGUAACAUGUAGUUUGUAUAUAGUGCCGACUCAGCUUGACCAUGACUUACGAAAAUAUGAAUUAGUUGACUAUGCAUUAUUGUCGACUGGUGCUUCUAACAAAUCUAGGUCACCUACUAAAAUGUAAACAAAUGUGUAUGUUUUGGUUUUGUUUCUAGUACAUUUAAGAAUUAAAUGAAUAUGUCUUGAUCUCAAUUUUGGAUGUUGAUAAACCUUUACACUCAAUUUUGUAUUGCAGAUUUGGAUUCAUCACGUAAAAAUAAAUAACUAUUAUUCGAGAUCUUUUUUUCUAUUUAUGGAUAGAUGGUGCUCCAAUUGGAAAAACGAUUGUUGGAAAUGGAAAACUAAAUAAAAAAAUGGAGAGUCUCCACUAAAAUGGAAAACUUAACUUAAAUUUUUUUGGUUUUAGAACCUACUCUUCACAACCAAAUAGGUCCUCAUAACGCUCGAGUAACUGCAAAUUUAGUAUACUUACCUCCCCUACUAUUUUCUAUUAUUGUUCAUUUUUUGUAAAUGUGUAUUCGUGCGACGUGCAUGAAUAUGUACAUAUACAGGGUGAUUGAUUAGUGGGUGUAAAGCCCAAUAGAUCUGCUAUACUUAGUAAUAUAUAGCAAUAAAAGUUAAUAAAAAAAUUGUAGACAACUUUGAGAUUCAUAUUACAAAAUUAGUUAGAAUGUUACAGGGCGUUCGAUAACCUAGUGGCAGACCAAACUUAUGUUUUUUUUAAUGGAACACCCUGUAUUUUAUUUUAUAUUCGAAAAUCUCCUUAACUGUACCAUCACAAAAAUAUAAAGGUUUGUUAUGUUAUAUAGGGUAUGUACAAAGUUUUAACCAAUUUUAUAUGAAAAUCGUAACAAGUUCAACAUCCCUUAUUAAUAAAAAUAAGCACAACAGAAAUGGUUUAUUGGUGCCAUAUUUUUUUAUUGAUUGUCAAAAUUUCCAAAAAAUGAUUAAUAUUGCUAAUUUUCUCUAUACCGAAAACAGGGUGAGUCAAAACGCAAUUACAUUAUUUUCUCAGUAAUUUUAAAUGGAACACCCUGUAUUUUAUAUCACUAUUAAAAAAUGCCAUUGCUGUACUUUAAUUUUUAUAUAACAUUCCCUAUACCUACCUAAAUUUAUUAGUUUUCAAAAUAUUUUUAUUUUUAGAGCAAAUUAAUAACAGGUGUCUAACUUUUUCCAAAUUUUAAGAAAGCCAUAACCGAAUUUGUCGAAAACUGACAGUUUAUCAUGAUAAAACUGUUAUUGUGUUAUUAAAUAUAAUCCGGUCAACUUAGACAUCAAAAUGCUUGGCAAAUAACAAAAAUUGCCGGAGAGCCAAAUUUUGGUGGAGAGCUAGGGUAUACCAUAACAAAUAAAGUUUAAACAGUCCCCAUCGAUCCCAUGUGUGCGUCAAAAGUUAUUCGGGGUCAAAAGUCAAAAUUUGAGAUUUUUGGAUUUUUUUCGAAAACGGUAAGUUUUAUCAAAAAAAAAAACCUCAAACCAAAGUUGUAGAUCUUAACAUUCUCUACAAAAAUUGUCCUUACAAUUUUUUUUCUGAGUUACCAUUCCUGAGAUAUCGCGAUUUUAAAAGUUACUUUAUACAUUAAAUGCACAUAUAAGCCACGUAUAUACGUAUGUGGCCAUUAAGACAAGUAUAAAUGCCUAUUUGUGUCUCUUUUAUAUAGUAUAUUAUACUAUUCUGAAAAUAUUUCUUCAAAAGGUAAUCAGUCCCAAACUGAAUUUCCUCUAUCCACGUGGCCUUGAAAAAUAUUUGGCUAUACCAUUGUUUAAAAAAGAACAGAUUGUCUAUUAUAGGCAAUGGCUACAGUAUUGUUCAUAAUAUUAUCUGUUUCUUUUAGUGCUAAAGGUUCAGUUCAAGUGAAUAUAAGUACUUAUUACAAGCGUCUACCAUUUAGUACCGUUACCGUUAUUUGUAGAAUUUUAUAGUUUUAAAAAUGUCUCAGUUUUGCUUUAUUUGCAAUAAACUUUUAAGUGAAACUAAAACAGUUGUGGUUGAUCGUGGAAUGCCAAAUUUAAUCGAGGCUAGUGUCGAGUGAGGUGAUGAGUUUAUUGAGUAUUUAAGAACUCAAAAAUCCGUUACAAUACACGUGAAUUGCAGAAAAUCAUACAUUCGGAAAACUUCAAUCGCUGCAGUGAAAAGACAACGUGAGGAGGAACAGGCUAGUACUUCAAAAGUAAGUCCACCUCAUACUAGAACGCGAGUAAGUAAAUCACAUUUUUGUUUUAAAAAAUACUGUUUAUUUUGUGGCAAUGAAGCCAAUGAAGAAAGCACAGCAUCUUUGAAAAAUAAUUCGUGACGUGACUACACUAAAAUUCAAAGAAUCCCUGUUGAAAUUAGCUAAAGAUCGUUCUGAUGAUGUUUCGAAGGUUGUUCUUGAACGUAUUAAUUUUGAGUAUGAUUUAGUCGCUGCUGAUGCAAAAUACCAUGACAGUUGUUACAAAUCUUUCUUAAAACCUAAUACUGGUCGUAAAAUUGGCCGUCCACAAGAUGAAACUGUAAACUCUGCGAUGGAGAAAAUGUUUCAAUUCAUAGAAACGAGUGAUGAUUGCCAGUUUUCGUUGGAUGAAUUAAGGAAUGUUUGUCAAGAUGUAGUUUUAGAUGACAGAACUAUAAAAAUACGAUUGAAAUUGAAGUAUGGUAGUAGAAUUAUUAUUACAGAAAAGCCUGGAACCUUCCUCCAACAUCAGCAUCUGCUUUUCAACAUUUGUAUCGAGUAUAUUAUCAAGUUCAAACAUGGCUAGGCAAUGAACUGAAUCCAGAAGACUGGGGUUGGAAAUUAAUAGAUAAUAAGUUCCAGAAAAACUCCUAACACUAUUUUUUGCAAUUGCAAAAAAGGUUGUAGUGCCAAAUGUGGAUGUAAAAAAGUCGGGUUUCUGUGUUCUCUAGUGUGUACCAACUGCCAAGGUCAGUCUUGCUCAAAUGUCCAGUUUAGUACAACAGAGGAAGACUCCUGUGAUUUUAAUGAAGAGACCAAUGACUCAGUCACAUUUGAACAAUUUUUGAACAUCCAGAAAGAGGAAGAGGAAGAAGAUGAAAUCGAAGAAGAUGAAAUCGAAGAAGACUUGACGGUUGAAGUAGACUUUCAAGAAUAUGUAUCUGAUUAAAAUAUCUAAAGAAAUCAAAACAAUAGUUAACCGAAUAAUCAAUAGCAAUAUCAAUAAUCAAUAUCAAUAAUAAGGUAAUAUCUAGAACUUGACCGGUAUUGUUUCCUUAAAUUAUCCUAAAAUUGUCAAAACAGUUAGUGGAGUAGGCCUACAGAGGAAACCACGGUAAAAAAAACGAGCCGAGUACGCUCCUCACAGGUGGUGUGGAAACGUGUGCAUAUCAUGUAUAAUGUGACUCUUUGAAUCGCGAUUCAAAGGAUUCAAAGGACUAUUUUUGUAGAGAAUUUUAAGGUCUACAACUUUGGUUUAAGGUUUUUUUUUUGAUAAAACUUACCGUUUUCGAAAAAAAUCCACAAAAUCUCAAAUUUUGACCUUUGACCUCGAAUAACUUUUGAACCACACAUGGGAUCGAUGGGGACUUUUUAAACUUUAUUUGUUAUGGUAUACCCUAGCUCUCCACCAAAAUUUGGCUCUCCGGCAAUUUUUGUUAUUUGAAAUCUCUAUAUAGACCGGGUUAAUAGUUGAGAUGAAUUUUAAUAUUGAGGAAAUGGUUGAUCUGGCAGGAUAUUUGGGGAGUGCAAUAAAAAUGCGUUAUUAUCAAUAACAAUAAUAUCAUGAACAUAAACGGUUCCUUGAAAGACGACAACCUACAACAGCAAGCUUUGAAAGAUUAAAGGAUCAGCUUAACCGCCCUGAUUCAGUUACGUAUAAAAACACGAACGUACAAAAAGUACUGUAACAGAGGAAAACGAAAUUAAUGUGUUGAUGGCAGUUACUGAAAAUCCACAUACAAGUAUUCGAAAUAUUUCCAAAGAAAAGAACAAUCUUACUACUCUGUGCAAGAAAUUCUUGCAAAAAACAGAAUGCACCCUUACCGCAUUCAAAUGCACCAAGAAUUAUUUCAGGAAUAUUUUGAAAAGAGAAUAUUAUUUUGUGAAUGGGCCUUAGAUAAAAUCAAUCAGCAGACAGAUUUCUUGGAUAAUGUACUAUUUGGAGAUGACUAAGUUUCAUAAAAACGGUUCAGUCAUGGCUAACUUAAAAUAUGGAAAAAUUUAGAAACCUAAUUAAUAAUUUGCUCUGAAAAAUUAAAAUAUCUCGAAAACUAAUAAACUUAGACAUAGGGAAUGUUAUAUAAAAAUUAAAGUACCGUAAUGGUACUUUUUAAUAGUGAUAUAAAAUAUAGGGUGUUCCAUUUAAAAUUACUGAGAAAAUGAUGUAAUUGCGUUUUGAAUCACACUGUAUUUGAUAUAUAGAAAAUUAGCAAUAUUAAUCAUGUUUGAAAAUUCUGACCAUAAAUAAAAAAAUAUGGCAUCAAUUAACCAUUACUGUUUUGCUUAUUUUUAUUUGUACAGGGAGUUGAACUGAUUUUCUUAUAAAAUUGGCUAUAACUUUGUAAAUACCCUGUAUAAAAUAACAAACCUUUAUAUUUUUGUUAUGGGACAGUUAGGAAGAGUUCAAAUAUAAAAUAAAAUACAGGGUGUUCCAUUUAAAAAAACCUAAGUUUGGUCUGCCAGUGUGUUACCGAACACCCUGUAACAUUCUAAUUAAUUUUGUAACGUGAAGCUCAAAGUUGGCUACAAUUUUUGUUAUUAACUUUUAUUGCUAUCUAUUACUAUAGCGGAUCUAUUGAGCUUUACCCUACUAAUCAACCACCCUGUAUGAAUACGUAUGUAAAUACGAUGAUGGGCGCGCUAAUAACCGGCAAAAUAACACAAAAUAUGAAAAACAUAGAGUUGUAAGGAUAACAAGUUGUAAAAUAAAAAUAGAUGAAACUAGUACAGGUGGAAACAUAUGAGGAGGAGUAUGUCAACUAAAACUGCCACUGUUAGAGUGGUAGUUGCCAAACUCGUCUGAUACGUCUAAAGGUGGGAAACAAUUAAUAUAAUGUAAAUUUUUAGAUUUAGAUCGGUAAAUUUUCCACCUCUACUAGCUUUAUCUCUUUUUAUCUCAUAACUUAAUAUGUUUUCCAUCUUUUGCAUUAUUUUGCCAUUUCUUAGCGUGCUCAUCGCUGUAUAAAUUUCAUAUGAGAUAGGUGUACUUACUAGACAUAUUAUUAUAGUCGUUUAAAUUAGAGGAAAAAAUUAACAAAAUUAAUUUUAAUUAAAUGCAUCAUUUUUCAGUUAAGUGUAUAAGUAGGUAUAUAAUCUGUAUUACAUAUAUAAAAAAAUUAAAAAGACAAAAAUUUUCAUUUA